UCACGAAUUAAAUACACUUCUGUGUUUCUCUCAGUUCACUUUCAAUCUAAAGAAACUUUAUUAACGUUACGAGGAGAGACAACAGACGCAGGCGCCUCCCCGUCGGACAAUCACACGUGUACGCGCUUUGCUUCCUCUCGGCUCGUUCACGCGCUCGUCCCGUCUCUUCUACCAAUCUACAAACUGAGACAAGUGAGAGCUGGAUGAUCCGGAUCAGACCCCAGAGACCCGGACCUGGUGAUGACGAUCAGGAUGAAGGUGUUUACUGGUCAGUUAUUGGCUGCUGUGUAGAGACACGUGCGCUGUUUACUGAGAGAGAGAGGAAGAUGGAGAGAGAAGAGUUUCUUUCUGUUUAGUGAAGAAGAGGAGGAGGAGGAGGAAUAAACUCCCAGCUGCACUUCGGAUCUUUGACGUUGUAAACGAAGAAGAAGAAGAAAAUCAGCAGAAGAAGAAGUUCACUGUAAGAACUUUUUCUCUGUGAACUCUGCGCGCUCCCGCGCCUCAGGCUGUAACGCGCAUGCUCUGUCAGCAGUUGUGUAUAAUGGAUCGAUUGUGCCACCGAGCCCGGUGGUGACGUCACUGGAGAGCCCCAGGACCGGAGGGAGGGACGCUGAUCCAGAUCAGAACCAGGAGCGGCGGGAGCGCGCUUCAGCGGAAUACAUGAACUGAGUGUGUAGUGUGUGUGUGUGUGUGUGUGUGUGUGUGUGUGUGUGUGUGUGUGUGUGUGUGUGUGUGUGUGUGUUCAAGGAUGAGUGGUGGUAAAAAGAGGAGUGGCUUCCAGAUCACUAGUGUGACCUCAGACUUCAACCAAACUCCAGCUGGCCAAUCAUCUCCCAGCAUGGUCCUGACAUUCCUCCAAUCAGCAGCCUCCUCCCCCAGCACCCCGCAGGGAAGCUCCUCACAGCCUACCACACCGUGUCUGAAGAGGAAGUACAUCUCCCAUGAUGCCUCAGGGCAGGGAGUGGGUUGUUCCUCCAGGUUCAGGGUGGUGAGGUUGGCGGUAGGUGGGGCCGGCAGUGGUGGGCGGGGCGAGCCUUAUCGCCGUGGUCGAUGGACAUGCACAGACUUUAUGGAGCGACAGGAAAUGGGAUUCAGGCCGGUAAUAGACACCCUGAGACACGCCCACUCCCUAGAGUCCCUAGAGAUGAUUGGCCGGGACAGAGACAGAGACAGAGUCCACUCUCAGGACACAGCCCACCUGAUGGCUCAGCCAAUCAAAGGCAGGGAGGGGCUGCACAGCAAACCACCCUCCCCAACGCACCGAGAGCCAAUCAACAUCCGGCUCCUGGACCACAAGGAGACAAUGGGAGACCAGAGCUUCGACCUCACCCCUCCACCUCCUUCUGCCCGCCAACGAAGGUUCCCUCCCCCUCUACGAUUGGACAUAGAUGUUACAGGACAGUCCGUCCUCAGGCUGUCACACUCUCAGCCGAGCUCCCCCCCUGCUGAAUCGUACCACCCCACCCUGACCUCCAUUCAGACUCCAGCAGCCUUCAGUCUGGACCAGACCAUCUUCAACCUGACAGGAGAUGCCAGCAGUUCCAGUAGCAGUCUGAUUGCCAUCGACAAUAAAAUCGAGCAGGCCAUGGAUCUGGUGAAGAGUCACCUGAUGCUGGCGGUCAGAGAGGAGGUGGAGCUUCUGAAGGAACAAAUCAGAGAGCUGCAAGAGAAGAACCAACAGCUGGAGAGAGAGAACCACAUCCUGAGAACACUCACACACAGUAUACACACCACAUAACACACACAAUAUACACACCACAUAACACACACAGUAUACACACCACAUAACACACACAAUA